AUGAAGGGCAUAACUGGACCCUCAUCAGGAGUGACAGGGAUAAGUGGGUCAUCAGCUGAACAAUUAGCAACAACUACAUCUUCAGCUGGUGGAGCAGUAACAAUUAGAUCAGAAACAACUAGAUUCUCCACAGGUGGGUCUGGAAUAUCAUCAGGACCAACUGUUGUAGGUUCAGGAACAUCUGUGCCCUCAGGAGGACUGGCAGGGACCUCUGGCCCGUCAGAUGGAUUAGGAACCACUGGGCCAUCAGCUAAAGGACCCGACACAACUGGAUCAUUUCCUGGAGGAUCAGAAACAGCAGCAACCUUUCCUGUAAUUUCAGACACCUUUGGUCCCAAUGUAGGAGGCAUCCAUACAACUUGGCAGUCAACUGAACAAGCAAGGACAACGGGACCAUUUGGAGGAGGCUCAGCAACGACAAGAAUGGUUGUCGGUGGCACAGGGACAACCGUGGCAUCAUCCAGUGUGGAGGGCAUAACUGGACCAUUAGCAGGAGUGACAGGAAUAAGCGGGUCAUCAGCUCAACAAUUUGCAACAACUAGAUCAUCAGCUGGUGGAUCAGAAACAACUAGACUCUCAACGAGUGCAUCUGGAAUAAUAGCAGGAACAAGUGUUGUAGGUUCGGGAACAUCUGUACCCUCAGGCGGACUGGCAGGGACCUCUGGCGCAUCAGUUGGAUUUGGAACAACUGGGUCAUCAGUGAAAGGACCAGACACAACUGGGUCAUUUCCUGGAGGUUCAGAAACAGCAGCAACCUUUUCUGUAAUUUCAGGGACUCGUGGUCCUUACGUAGAAGGCGUACAGACAACUGGACAAUCUGCAGAAGAAGUUGGGUCUCCAAGACCAACAGCUGGAGCUUCAUCGACCACAGGACCUUUCCAUGGAGGAUCAGGAACAGUACAAACUAUAUUUCGUUCAGAGACCACUAGAUCUUCUGUUGUAAGUUCAGGAUCAACUGUUCUUUCAACUAGACCAUCUUUUAUAAGUUCAUGGUCUACUGAAACAUCAUCUGGUCUGACAGGUAUAACUCAACCAUCAUCUGGAGUGAAAGGGACAAUUGGACCAUCAACUGGAGAAUUAGGAAAUACUAGACCAUCAGCUGGUAUAUCAAGUACAACUGUACUAUCAAUUGGUGGGUCAGGGACAACUGGACUAUCUGCUCUACAGUCAGGAACAUCUGUCCUGUCAGUAGGACUGACAGUGAUACCUGGACCAUCAGCUGGUUUUGCUACAACUGGACUAUCAACUAAAGCAUCAGGGACAACCGUAUCAUUUGCUGGAAGAACAGAAACAACUGAAACUUCUGUUUCAAGUUCAGGCACUAUUGGUUCCUCCAUAGGAGGAUCACUGACCACUGGACAAUCCUCCGAAGAAUCUGGGAUGACACAAAGAGCAGCUGAAGGAUCAGGGACUACAGGGCUAUUCCAAGAAGGAUCAGGAACAACAGGACAAUCUGUUUUCAGUUCAGGGACAACUCUACCAUCAUCUGAAGAAUUGGGGAUAAGUAGUGCAGCAGGAUUAGAAUCAGGUACAACUGGAUUAUCAGCUAAAGGAUCAGUGACACCUGGCGUAUCAUCUGGUGCUUCAGGGAACACUAGAUCGGUAGCUGAAGCAUUAGGAACAACCAUCUCAUCAGCUGGUCUAUCUGAGACAACUGAACCAUCAACCAGAGCAUCAACUGGAUCCACUGGACAAGCAGCUGGAGAAUCAGGCCCCACAGGACUGUCUGUUGGAAUAUCUGGAACAACACGACAAACGACAGAACUCUUAGGUGCAGACACAACUGGACCAGCAGCUAUAUGGUCGCGUACAACUGGAUCAUUAUCUGGAGAAUCAAAGACCACUGGAACAUCAGCUGAGUUGCCAGGAAAAACUAGAUCAACAACUGGUGAAUCAAGGACGCCUGGACCAUUGGCUGAAAGAUCAGAGACAACUGCAUUAUCUGUUAUAGGAUCAGGAACAACUGGGUCAUCAUCUGGAGCGAUAGGAACCACUGGGCCCACAGCUAAAGGGUCAGGGACAACUAUAUCAUCCAUUAUAGAAUCAGAAACUAGUGGACUACCUGCUGGGGUCUCAGGAACAACUGGAAUAUUGGCUGAAGGAUCACGAACAACUACAUCAUUGUCUGGAGAAUUAGAGACAACGGAAACUUCUUUUGUAAGUCCAGAGACUGCCACAACAUUUCUAGGAGAAUCAGUGACAACAGAACCAUUCGUUGGGGGAUCAGGAACAACAGGAUCAUCUGUUUUAGGUUCAUGGACGACUCUACCGUCAUCUGAAGGAUUUGGGACAACUGUACUAUCUGGUAUAGAAUCAGAAACAACCAGGCCAUCAACUAAAGGAUCAGCCACAACUGUAUCAUCAGGAUUACAGACCACUGAAUCAAUUGAAAUAUUGGAAACAGCUCGAUCAUCAGUCAGUGAUUCAAGGACAAUUAGACCAUCAAGUGAAGGAUCAGGGACAACUCUAAGAUUACCUGAAAGAUCAGAGACUACUGCACCACCUAUUGUAAAUUCAAGGAUAACUGAACUAUCUGUAGCAUCACCGAGGACUGGACCAUCAGCUGAAGGUUCAGCGAUCACAGGAGAAUCAUCUGGAGGAUCAGGUACAACGGCCCCAUCUGUUACAGGUUUGGAGACAACUGCACCAUCAUUUGGAGCACCAGAGACAACUGGAAUACCAUCCGGAGCAGGAGGAACAACUGGACCACCUGUUUUAGUUUCAAAAACAACAGCACCAGGAUCUGAAAAAUCCAGGACAACUAGAUCAUCAGCUGGAGGAUCAGUGACAGCUGGACCAUUAAAUGGAGAGUCAGGGACCACGAGGCCAGCUGUUUUAGGGUUAGGGACAACUGGACCAUCAUCUGGAGCAUCAGGAACAACUGGGCCAUUACAUGAAGUUUCAGGGACACCUGGACCAUCACCAGGAGGAUCAGAGACAAGUGGACCAUCAACUGGGUCAACCACUGCGAUGUUGAGAAAUGAGAUCACCACAUCUGAAGAAGCUGCCCCUGGGUCAACAAUUGCACCAGGAAGUUCCACUACUGGCUCAGAUAAGAGAAUUCCACCAGUAUUAAUUGUAGAGGCCACAACUUCCACAGAAAGUGUUGGCACCAGUGGAGGUGGAUUCAAAACAGUCACUACGGGGGUAGUCCCUGGCAUAACUGUUGCCCCUGGAAGUUCUAACACAGAGGCCACAACUUUCUUAGGAGAAAAUGAAACAACCAGAGUUGGAAUAGCCACAGGUACUACUGGUGUAGUCUCUGAGAAAAUUCCGGAACCUGGAAAUUACAACACGGAGGCCACAACGUCCACAGGAGGAAGUGGGACCACCCAAGCAGAACUUCUAGGAGGUUUUACAGGGGAAUUCUCUAGGACAACCAUUAUAUCUGGAAGUUCACACACAGAGGCCACAACUUUAACAGAAGGCAGUGGUACUUCUGGAACUGGAUCCAGAUCUGGCACCACUGCAGUACCAGGAGGCCAAGCAACUGGGAGUGUGACAGGCACCACUGGGGUAGCCCCUGGUACAACCGUUGCUCCUGGCAGUUCUGUUACAGAAGCCACAACUUCUGUGGGAGAAGGUGGAACAAGAAUUAGCAUCAUCACAGAAGCCACAACUUUCACAGGAGGGAGCAAGACCACCCAAGGAGGACUGGCAGGCGGCUCUUCUGGCACAACAGGUGGAUAUAUUCCUGGAAGUGAGGCAGGUACCACUGGAGAAUUGUCUGGAACAACCAUUACAUCUAGAAGUUCUAAAACAGAGGCCACAACUUCCACCAAAGUGACUGGAACUGGAGCCCAGACAGGUACCAGUGGAGUAGUCUCUGGCACAACUAUUACAUCUGGACGAUCCAGCAUUGGUACCACUGGUGUGGCCUUAGGUACAACUGUUGCGCCUGGAAGUUUCCAUACUGAAGCGACAACGCCCCCUGGAGGCAGUAGAAGCACAGGAAUUGGAAUUAAUACAGGUACUAUUGGAGUGGCCCCAGGAAGCACCAUCUCACCCAGAAUUUCCAACACAAGAGCCACCACUGGUGCAUCUGAGAGGCCAAGUCCUGGAAGUAAAACAGUUACCACUAGGAUAACCACCGGCACAACCAUCGCACCUGGGAGUUCCAACACAAAAGCUACAACUUCUACAGAAAUUGAAACUAGCACUGCGUUUGGAAUGGCAACUGGUACUACUUCAGGGUCAGCUGAAGUUUCCAGGGGUCCAGAAAAUUCUAGUCCAGCUUCGGAAGUCACCAACCUAAUUCCAGGGAGUCAGUCUACUGUAAGAAAAAUAGUCACUACCGGGACAGGCUCUGUAAAUAUAUCAUCACCUGGAAGUUUCACAGCAGAAACCACAGCUUUUAAAGAAGGUAUUGGAACCACUAAAGCAGGAAUUUCAUCAGGUACCACUGGGGUAGCCUUUGGCACAACAGUUAUUUCUGGAAGCUCUAACACAGGGGCUACCACUGGAGUUGGAAUGGAAAUAAGUACUAGUGUGGCAUCAAGUAAAAUUACUGGUGUCCCAGAAAGUCCCACCCAAGGUACCUCCAGAGAACCAUUUGAAACAACCACUGCUCCUAGAAUUUCUAACACAGCCACUGCUUCAAUAGGAGUCAAGGAAACCUCUGGAACUGGAAUGCAAACAGGCUCCACCUCCAUGUCAAGUAGAAUCACAACAAGCCCCAGAGUGUCCUCCCAAGGAUGUCCAGCAUCACUUCCACCACCUCCAGUUUGUCAUGGUCCUCUGGGAGAAGAGAAAUCUCCUGGAGACAUAUGGACUGCCAAUUGCCACAAAUGCACCUGUACUGCUGCAAAGGCUGUAGACUGUAAACCCAAGGAGUGCCCUUCUGCACCCACAUGCAAAACUGGAGAGAGGCUUGUAAAGUUCAAAGCUAAUGACACCUGCUGUGAAAUUGGAUACUGUGAACCAAGAACAUGCUUAUUUAACAAUACUGAGUAUGAGAUUGGUGCUUCAUUUGAUGACCCCAGCAACCCCUGCGUCUCCUACUCCUGCCACAGCAGUGGGGUCAUCGCAGCGGUCCAGGACUGCCCAAAGCAGAGCUGGUGUGCGGAAGAAGACAGAGUCUAUGAUUCAAACAAAUGUUGCUAUACGUGUAAUACCAAUUGUAGAUCUUCACUUGUGAAUGUAACUGUUAAGUACAGUGGUUGCCAGAAAAGACUCGAGAUGGCAAGAUGUGUAGGGGAAUGCAAGAACACUGUCAAGUACAAUUAUCAUAUCUUUCAGUUGACAAACUCUUGCCUUUGCUGCCAAGAAGAUAAGUACGAAUUCCGAGAAGUUUUUCUUGACUGUCCUAAUGGCAGUACAAUGCCUUACAGAUACAGGCACACCACGGCAUGUGCUUGCCUAGACAUGUGCCACCAAUCUGCAUCCUCAACAGUCAGUUAACUCCAGUGUUACCUUUCCAGGUAUAACAGGCCAGGUAUUUAUUUUACAAAUGUACAAAAAUGAUCACUAAAUAGAAUAACUAAACAUUUGUAUCUCACUCAGAGUGUGAAUUCUCAUUCUGAGGUAUUUUGUUCUCUUGUUGACUGGAUCUGAAAAAUAAAUACAAGUUUUCAAGCAA